CCGUCGCGGAAGAUCCGCACCAUGUUCACGAUCCACCUCUACCUGAACGACAGCAAGGCCGAGGACCCGGACGCGGAGCUGGUUGGGGGCGCGACGACGUUCUUCUCCGACGACGAGAAGCGGCGCCUCGACAUACACCCCAAGGCCGGCCGGGUGCUCAUCUUCCAGCACCGGCGGCUGCUGCACUCGGGGGAUGACGUGCUGGCGGGGACCAAGUACACCAUGCGGACCGACAUUAUGUAUGAACGGAGAACGGUAGUAAAUGCCUGUAACAAGCAAGCAAAUCUUGCAAGUCCACCUACAGGCAUACGAAUUACCUUCGAACUGCCGUGAUACCGGAUCUUGCAGACGCCACACCGUGGUACGGUACCCAUCGGACCGGAUCUGGCCCCCAUCCGGCCCCCGUGUCCCCUCGAUGCCAAGCUGAAGUGGAUGCGUCCCGAGUCCGAUGUAACCCCGCGUCUAAUCCUCCCGCUUCAUCCUUCAAACC